CCCGCGAGUUUUCACAAACAAGGAAAAAUCAACAACCCAAAAAAAAAAAAAAAAUUUAUAAACUAUCUUUAGUUCUGAUUGCGAUUGCUUGUUUAGUUUCGUUCAAGGCACGGGUUAUGUGUUUGCUUAUCCAAUAUAGAAAACCCAUAGCAUUCGUGCAGAUUAUACUAUAAUUUAAGUCUCUUUAUUCGUUCCUUCAGAUAAUUUUGCUUGGUCCCAACCAAAAUUUGUUGGUUUAGUUUCAGUUAAAAGUGCCUGUUUCGUUGCUGAGAAAACAGAGGGGCCAAUAAGUGUGUCUUCAGUCAAGGCAAAGUUCUUGGAAGCACUUUGACUAAAGGCAUUUUCAAUUUGUUGCAAUUUGAUGUUCUUGAUAAGCAUUUUAUGAUGGGAACUUCUGAGGCAGUUCUGCAAAUUUUGUCUUCUGGUUCUUGUAUUUUAAGUUCUGAUCCACGUGCUAGCAAUUUAGAUUUGAAUUUUGCUUCCAAAUUCCACAUAAAAUGUGUAAAGAAAAGGGCAUCGAGGCGUAAGCAAAUGUUCAACUGUUCAAGUUUUCUACAGAAUCGGAUAGGAAUCCAUCGGUUAAAGAGGACAAGAGACUAUGGUUUGUUUGGGAAUUCAACAGUUGACAGAUUGCAGCUUCUGACUUGCAAAUGCCAGCAGGCAGAAAGUGUUGGUGGUUUAACUGCAGAAGAUGGAAAUGGAACCUGGUUUGUAGAUAGUUCAAGGGCAUUACACCUUAAUGGUGUGAUAAAUCCUCCAAAUGUUUUGGAGUUUGAUGAUGUUCAGCAGUUGAAACAAGAAAAUGGUGAUUUGACAUCUAAUGGUGCAGUUAAACAGGAAAACGAGAGUUUUCCAAGUAAUGGUGCAUUAGGUAUAGGUAAAGAUGCCUCCAAGGUUACCAUAGAUUCUAUUGAAGAUGAAGCUUGGGACUUAUUGCUUAAUUCUAUGGUUUAUUAUUGUGGCAGUCCUAUUGGAACAAUCGCUGCCAGUGACCCUACUAGUUCCAAUGUGUUGAAUUAUGAUCAGGUCUUCAUUAGAGACUUUAUACCUUCUGGUAUUGCAUUUCUUUUGAAGGGAGAGUAUGAUAUUGUUCGGAAUUUCAUUCUUCACACACUUCAGUUGCAGAGCUGGGAGAAAACAAUGGACUGUCACAGCCCGGGUCAGGGAUUGAUGCCUGCUAGUUUCAAGGUGCGUACAGUUCCCCUGGAUGGUGAUGACUCAGCAACUGAAGAGGUAUUGGAUCCCGACUUUGGAGAGGCGGCAAUAGGUCGUGUUGCACCUGUUGAUUCUGGAUUAUGGUGGAUUAUCUUAUUACGCGCAUAUGGAAAAUGUUCUGGUGAUCUCUCAAUUCUAGAGAGGAUUGAUGUGCAGACUGGAAUUAAGAUGAUUCUGAGGCUGUGUCUUGCUGAUGGUUUUGACAUGUUCCCAACAUUGUUGGUGACUGAUGGUUCUUGCAUGAUAGAUCGCCGUAUGGGAAUUCAUGGCCACCCUCUAGAAAUCCAGGCACUUUUUUAUUCAGCACUACUUUGUGCUCGGGAGAUGCUUGCUCCUGAGGAUGGAUCAGCUGAUCUCAUCCGAGCUUUGAACAAUCGUCUAGUUGCUCUGUCAUUCCAUAUCAGGGAAUAUUAUUGGAUUGAUUUGAGAAAACUAAAUGAGAUUUAUCGUUACAAGACUGAAGAGUACUCUUAUGAUGCAGUUAAUAAGUUCAACAUUUAUCCAGAUCAGAUCUCUCCUUGGCUGGUGGAAUGGAUGCCCAACCAAGGGGGCUAUCUAAUUGGGAACUUGCAGCCAGCUCACAUGGAUUUUAGAUUUUUCUCUCUUGGAAACUUAUGGUCUGUUGUAAGUGGUCUUGCUACAAUAGAUCAAUCACAUGCCAUAUUGGAUCUCAUUGAAGCCAAGUGGACAGAUUUGGUAGCAGGCAUGCCAUUGAAGAUAUGUUAUCCUGCUCUUGAAGGCCAGGAAUGGCAGAUCAUCACAGGCAGUGAUCCCAAGAACACGCCUUGGUCUUACCACAAUGCAGGUUCUUGGCCAACUCUUCUUUGGCAGCUGACAGUUGCAGGCAUAAAGAUGAAUAGACCAGAAAUUGCUGCCAGAGCUGUUGAAGUUGCCGAAAGAUGCAUAUCACGGGACAAGUGGCCUGAAUAUUAUGAUACCAAAAGAGCAAGAUUCAUUGGAAAACAAGCACGCCUGUUCCAGACCUGGUCUAUUGCUGGAUACCUUGUAGCAAAGCUCUUGCUUGCAGACCCAUCUGCAGCUAAGAUGCUCAUAACUGAAGAGGAUCCAGAGCUUGUCAAUGCCUUCUCUUGCAUGAUCAGUGCCAACCCAAGAAGAAAGCGGGGAAGAAAGAAUUCGAAACAGACCUACAUAGUAUGAGUAUCUGAACUGUGCAGGUAGAAUUUGGGUAAAUGUUCUGACUAUUACUGAUCUAAUGUUCCAGGUUUCAAUCAGUGAUUAUAUUAAUUAUUAUAAUUAUAUUAAAAUAGGCUUAUGAAGCGUAAUAUAUGUAUUAAUUUAUAUUUCAUCCAAUUCAUUUAGUUGGAAUUGGAUAAGCCGAAAUUUUAAGACCACCAUAUAUAUUCUCGUAUCAUAGUAUCAUAUGUAAAGAUCAUGUACACACUGAUCUGGGGAUGUAGAGGUAGCACUUGAAACCUAUUUGUUAUAGGUGGACUAUGGUCAUUGUUCUAUACUUCUACCUUCUAUAUAGGAUAAAUUAAGUGUA